AUGUUCUAGUUCCGGUUCUGUGGAGGCGUCGAAGCAGAAAAGUUAAAAACAGUAAAAUUUAUUCUACUAGUUAAACACCGAACAGAUCCGCUAAUUAAAAUAUAGUAAUAUAAAAAUAAUUGAAUUGAUAUCUAAUUUGUAAUAAUUGAUGUUGAUGUUAAUGUUGAAUAUAGAUAAAAACAAACUAAUCAUAAUUUGUUUAUUUACAUAUACGUAGCUUCCGUACUAAGAACGAAAUACCUGUCAUAAGGCUCUGAUCCAGGAUCAAGGAAAGGUACUUUCGGACACGAUAAGGAUUUGUGAAGCAGAUAUGUCAUCCAAAAGCUCAGCGAACAAAAGUCGCAUAUUAAAGAUUGUUUUGGUUGGUGACGGUGGUGUUGGAAAGAGUUCAUUAAUAACAAGAUAUGUCAAGAAUGAAUUUAAUGUAAAUUGUUUUCACACCAUUGGAGUAGAAUUUCUAAAAAAAGAUGUAUCAUAUCAAGGAGUCACAUACGCCCUGCAGAUAUGGGACACAGCAGGUCAGGAGCUUUUCAAGAGCUUACGAACACCCUUUUACAGAGGAUCGGAUGCUUGUUUUCUGACUUAUUCGGUUGACGACGAAAAUUCAUUUAAAAACUUACAAACUUGGAAAGAGGAAUUCUUGCAGUAUGCUAAAAUCGGCGAGGAUCAAUCUUUUCCAUUUGUCGUACUAGGAAAUAAAGUUGACAUUGACCCUUAUGAACGUAAAGUUGACCUGCAGACAGCCGUAGAUUACUGUGAUAAACAAAGAAUACUGCACUUUGAAACAAGUGCUAAAAGUUCAGCUAACGUUGAAGCAGCAUUCAUGAAAAUUGUCCAAACCAUUGCCGAAUUUGAUAGGUCUAAUUAUUUGUCAAGUAAUACAAUGAAAACUAGUACAAUUAACUUACAGAAAAUGGAGAAAAAAAGUGACAGUGAAAGAGCCUGUUGUUAG